GCGAGAUUUAAAUCGAACGAUUACACCGUAACCGUUUUCGUGCGUUUUUAAAUGUCGCUUCUAAACUAGGAUUUACGGUACUGAAAAGACAGUGCGAAAAUCUAUUGGUCCUUUCAAUGGUGACGUCACGCCUCUAGGAAAUGGUCAACAGUUUUGUGAGAUUUGUGUAAACAUUACUGAUACAUGCUCGACUAUCCUCAUCCUCAAACCCAGCGUGUAGUUGAAAGAAAACACACCAGACUGAACGCGAGGAUCUUUGGAAAUCACCAUCAUCGAUACAAACUCUCCUCACAAACAACAGACUUUAUUGUUCAGCAGGGAAGCGACUAGAAUGUCUGCAUCGGUUGAUAUCCACGCGCAGCUGGCGUCCAUCAUCGAGCGCUUCGCCAAAUGCGCGCUGCUGGAGAUGAGUCGCGCGGUGGAGCAGGAGAUGACGCGCCGGCAGAUGGAGGUCGAGACGCUGCUGGUCAAACUGCAGUUUACCGAGAGCGAGCUGCGAUCAGCCCGACAGAACCAGCCGAACCUGCGCUCAGUGGGAAUACAGGUCAAUAACAGCGGACAGAGAGAGGUAAACCUCAACUUCGUAAAGAUAAAUAAAAAUCAUGAUGGAGAAUCACAGACGGAGAUACACACGGGCGACGUUCACACUUCAGUGCAGACGUUCACACUGAACGAAGACGGAAUCAAAUCCAUUCAGAUCAAAGAGGAACACAUGGAGGACGGACAGUGGGACAGCGGACCGAUUUCUCCUGCUCUUUGCCCGUUGGGUCCAGAUGUGGAAGACCAGGAUAGUUUCAGCACGGGAACAACAGGAGCAGCUAGAGAGGGUAGUGAUUUUAUCCUAACGAGUAAGAUGAAGCCCAGUGGAAUGUGGAAUUCGCCUAUUUCCGAGGAAUAUCCAGCGAACUCCGGAGCCCAGAGUUUGGACGCUUCUCCUCUGGAAACAGGUGAGCGAUUCGCCACAGGUGUGUCUCCGAACCGACGGCACGAUCCAAACGCGCAUCAGUACGUGGACGAACCGUACAGAACUGCUGCCGCUAACCAUGCGCUUCCGUCGGUGUCAGAACACAGAGACGCAAAUGCAGAGAGAAGCUCUCGCUGCCCUCAGUGCGGAAAGACCUUCACCACACGCUUCUACCUGAAGAUCCACCAAAGAAUCCACACCGGAGAGAGACCGUACACCUGUCCUCAGUGCGGCAAACGCUUCUACUGCAACUCUCACCUGAUUUCACACCAGCGCUCGCACACCGGAGAGAAACCGUACAGUUGUGAAGAAUGCGGCAAGUCCUAUUCUCAUUUAAACUCACUGAAACUGCACCAGCGCAGCCACACUGAAGAAGAGGCGUAUGCGUAUUGGUAGCCUUCACAGUCACAGAUUCACUAGUGACAAGCUUUUAUGAAAUGCCACAUUUUGUUUUAAACUUGACUUGUUUUGACAUACUUUAUGGAGGUUUUUUAUAAUAAAUAGUAAUAUUGCUUCAAGUUUGAUAUACUGUUUUUCAGUAGCUGGUCAACAGAUCACAUUUAUAUACAUCUGUUUGAUAACCAUCAGCAGUCACAUGAAAUGCAUUUCAUUUAUAUAUGAAUUCAACUUUUCAUUUUAUAACCUGUAAAAUGAUGCUAUAUGCCUUCUAUGUUGUUUUCCACUACUUUGUGUUUGCGUGAAUUAUUUAAUAUGGGAGCAUCAAGAAGAUGCAUUUUGCAGUUGACAAUAAAACAAAUGACUUUCUGAUGUAAAA